AUGAAUGGCCAUGCCUUCUCGAAACAUUCCCUCUCAUACGAGGAGAGCAUAAACCUGCUGGACGAGAAGAACCUGUCCGACGUCGACAGCGACGCCGGCAAGGCAGACAACGAGACCCGGUUCCCAACCGCCGCGGCAUGGGCGAACACAGCUAGGUCGACGUUAUCAUCAUUACCGGUCCCGCAACGGCCGCCGCCAAUGUCCGCGUACUUCGCACUCCUGCGCCGCGUGGGCUUCUUCCUCCUCCCUUCCUUUGUCCAGAGCAGGUUAAGUCAUGAGAGGAAACAUGCGUCCGACAAGCUCGGGCCGACGGCCUACCUCGACGGGAUGCGUGGUGUGGCGGCCUUCAACGUGUUCCUGUGCCACUACCUGUACACAUGCUUCAUCAUCGCCGAGGGGUGGGGCUUUGAGGAGCACAACUACAACUUUUUCAAGCUGCCCUUUGUGCGGCUCAUUUACGCCGGGCCGCCGCAGGUGGCCAUCUUCUUCGUCGUGUCCGGGUACGCGCUGUCGCUCAAGCCCGUCAAGCUGGCGCGGCAGCAGAAGUGGGACGGCUUCGCGACCACGAUGGCCAGCUUCGUCUUCCGGCGGGCGCUCCGCCUGUUCCUCCCGACGGCCAUCUCGACCUUCAUGAUCGUCGUGCUGCUGCGGCUCGGCGCGUACGAAUGGACGAGGGACUUCUCGCGGGACAGCACCUUCAUGAAGAACGUGCAGGAGACGGCGCCGGACCUCAAGGACUCGCUGUCGGAGCAGCUCUCCGAUUGGGGCUGGAACAUGUUCAACUUCGUCCACAUCUGGGGUUGGGAGCCCUUUGGGGGAAGCACCUACUACGACGUGCACCUGUGGACGAUCCCCGUCGAGUUCCGCGCGAGCAUGAUGCUCUUCCUGACGAUGAUCGGACUCGCCCGCAUGCGCACGUGGCUGCGCUUCGCCUUCCUCGCCUUGAUUGUGUGGUUCUCGUACCGCAACGACCGCUGGGAGAUGGUGCUGUUCUACGCCGGCAUGCUGUUCGCCGAGCUGGACGUCAUCCGCGGCGCACACACCGACCCCGUGUCCAACGCCUCCGCCGCCGCCUCCGCCUCGAGCAGCUCCCAGCAGCAGCUCCCCGUGACGGAGCCCAAGCCCUUCGACCUCGUCGGCAGGGGCCGCCAGGCGUCGCCGGUGUCCAGCCGGAAGCUCAAGACGGCGGCGUGGAUGCUGCUCUCGAUAGGCGGGCUGUACCUGAUGUCGCAGCCGGACGUCCACUUCGCCAAGACGCCCGGGUGGGUGUACCUGUCGUCGCUGAUCCCGGAGUGGUUCUCGGACAAGUACCGGUACUGGCAGUGCGUGGGCAGCAUCCUGUUCGUGCUGUGCGUCGGCCACCUGCCGUCCUGGCAGCGCGUCUUCAUGACGCCCGUCGUGCAGUACCUGGGCCGCAUCAGCUACGCCAUCUACCUUAUGCACGGGCCCGUCAUCCACACCAUCGGCUACGCCACCGAGCGCUGGGCCUGGGGCGUCACCGGCAUCGAGGGCUGGCGCUACAACGCCGGCUUCACGCUCGCCGCCGUCUUCGUCGUCCCCAGCGUCGUCUGGGCCGCGGACCUGUUCUGGCGCUCCGUCGACGCCCCCGUCGUCCGCUUUGCCAAGUGGUUGGAGAGCAGGUGUAUCGUCCCCGAGGAGGGCCACGGUCAGACCCACGGGCGGUCGUGA